UUUUACUGCAGCAAAUUCAUAAUGUACAUAACUGUGUAUUCUUUAAUUACUCCCAACUCUAUUUAAACUUGACCUUCUUCUUUUUCUUCAAACAGGAUUAUUCCAAGCUCCAUCGUGUGGAGGUGAUAGUGACGGCCUCUCUGCAUGUCGAUAGCACAGCAAAGAACACAGUGGUGCAUGCCGAGUCACAGUUAAGACUGACAGUGUUCCCAGAGAGGCGCGCGGACAAGUACGGAGGAGGAGUGCCAUGGUGGAUCAUCGUGCUGUCCAUCUUGUUUGGGCUAAUGUUGUUGGCCCUGUUGGCUUUCCUCCUGUGGAAGUGUGGACUCUUUGGGAAAAAGAAUAAAGAGCACCCGUCAGAAAAAGAGAGACUGACAGCAAAUGCAUAAAAAGAGAGAGGGUAAUAUUACCCGG